AUGGAAGAAGUCACUGAUACAACAACAACACCAACAACAGGUAAGACAACUGAGGAAACAACCAUGCCUCCAUCAACAUUAGUGACGACAGGAGAAACCUCAGUCGUAUCAACUCAACAAACAUCUUCGCCUCAGACAACAGAGCAUAUAUCUGAGCAAACCACUGUCCGUUCAACGUUUAUUACAACGGAGAAAGCUGUUGUUACAUCUACGCUAUCAACCACAGGUACAACUGAAGAAACGACGCUGCCGCCGACAACGCUGGUGACAACUGAGGAAACCUCGGCCAUAUCAACCCAACAGACAACGAUACUCGACACAACACCGACUGUCCCUCCAUCUACGCUGCUAACAACCGAGGAAGCUACUGCUGCAACGCUACCGAACACAGGUAAGUCAACUGAAGAAACAACCAUGCCUCAAUCGACGCUAAUUACAACUGCAGAAACAUCGGUCAGUUCAACACUGCAAGCUACAACAGGUGACACAAUAUUACAAACAUCCGAACAAACCACUGUCUCUUCAACUUCGCUGCUUACAACUAUAGAAGUCACUUCUACUGCACCACCAUCAAUCACAGGUAAACCAACUAAAGAGACAACCAUGCCUCCAUCAACGUUAAUGACGACUGAGAAAACAUCGGCCAUGUCAUCUCAACAAACAUCUAAACCUCAAACACAAUAUACAUCUGGACAAACUACUGCUCCUCCAACUACUCUAACACUAACAACCGAAGAAAUCACUUCUACACCAAUAUUAUCAACUACAGGUGAAACAACUACAGAAACAACCAUGCCUAGGUCUGCCUUAAUAUCUACUAUGUUAAGCACUGUCGUGUCAACGCAACAAACAUCUACACCGCAGACUACAGAACGUACAUAUGAACAAACAACUGCUGCUCCAACAACGCUACUAACAACCGAAGAAAACACUGCAGCGACAACGCUAUUAACAACGGGUAUAACAACUGAAGAAACAACAACACAGCAAGCCAGGACAGCACAAACAUCCGAAAAAACCACUGCCCCUCCAACUUCGCUACUUACAACGAUAGUUACCUCUACAGCACUAACAUCGACUACAGGUAAGACAACUGAAGAAACGACCAUGCCUCAGUCAACAAUAAUUACUACUGAGGAAACCUUGGCCAUGUCAACUCAACAGACGUCUACAUCUCAGACAACAGACCAUACAUCUGCACAAACAACUGCUCCACCAACUACGUUUCUUACAACCGAGGAAGUCACUGCUAAGACAACGCUGCCAACCACAGGUAAGACAACUGAGGAAACUACAAUGCCUUCAUCCACGUUGAUGACGACAGGAGGUACAUCUGUCAUAUCAACACUGCAAACAACAACACCACCUACAUCCAAACAAACCACUGCUCCUCCAACCUCACUACUAACAACUAUAGAACUCACUUCUACAGCACCACCAUCAACUACAGGUAAGACAACAGGAGAAACCACCAUACCUCAGUCAACAUUAAUGACGACUGAGGAAACAUCGGCCAUGUCAACCCAACAGACAUCGCAACCUGAAACAACACAAUAUACAUCUGAGCAAACUACUGUCCCUCCAACUACGUCACUUACAACAGAAGAAGUUAUGUCUACACCAUUACAAUCAACUACAGAAGAAACUACAGCAGCUACAACUGUGCAGAAAUCUACGUUAGAGAGCAGAGCCACGUCAACGCAACUAACAUCCACAUCGCAGAAUACACAACGCACAUCUAAAGAAACAACUGCUCCUCCAACAACGCUACUUACAACUGAGGAAUCCACUGUUACAACGCUACCAACCACAGAGGAAGUAGCUGCAACAUCAACUGGCGUAUCGCCUCAAACAACACAAACAACAGCCCCAAUAACUACAGCUAAGACAACGGAGGAGACAACGUUUGUUUCCACACCACUUUCAACUACUGGGAAAACAUCGGUUGGUACGUCUUCAACGACGGAGGAAACAUCAAUCGCGUCGACUCAACAAGCUACUUCACUCAGCACAGCUACCACUGCGCUUCUCUCUACUUUGCUUACUUCUGAACAUCCCUCUUCCACUAUAGAAGCAACAACUUCACCUGGCAACUACACCUCGUACAACACAGCAAACGACGUCCCCACCAGAAACAUCUACAGCGUCUCGCAGACAACGAUCACACAGGCUGUAACAACAGAGACUACAGUGAUACUACCAACAACGCUCAUAACGACUGAGGAAACGUCGUUUGUUUCAAGUCGAAAGCCAACAGACUAUACAUAUGAACAAACCUCUCCCCCUCCAACAACGCUUGUUACAACUGAGGAAACAACUGUGCCUGACGCAACGCUGCAAACAACGGUUACACUAGCUACAGAUGUAACAACAGAGACUACAGCGAUGCCACAAACAACGCUUAUAGCGACUGAGGAAACUAAGCCAACUACAUCUCAGACAACAGAGUACACAUCAGAACAAACCACUCCCCCUCCAACAACGAUUGGUACAACAGAGGAAUCCACUGUGUCUGACACAACACCACAAACAACGGCUAUAACAACGGAGACUACAGCAAUGCCACCAACAACGCUUAUAACGACUGAGGAAACGUCGCUUGUUUCAAGUCGAAAGCCAACUACAUCUCCAACAGAUUAUACAUCUGAUCAAACCUCUCCCCCUCCAACAACAAUUGUUACAACAGAGGAAUCCUCUGUAGUAUCAACUACUCCUUACACAGAACAACAAACGUCAGGAGGGACAAGAGGAGAAACAAAUUCGACUUAUUUUACUACUGAUAAAACCAAACCUCAGACAACACUGUAUACAUCUGAUGAAACCACAGUGUUUCGACCAUCAACAUUGGUUACUACUAAAGAAGUUCCAACAACUACGUUACACACAACGCACGCAGCGGUCACAUUAACUACGGGGGAUACAACCGAGGGAACAACAGGGCCUUCAACAACUUCGUUAGCUACCGAGAAAACCUCGAUUGUGUCCAGCUAUCAACCAGGCACACGCCUGACAACAGAUUACACAUCUAGUCCUACAACUGUCCCUUCAGUAACUGUGAUUACAACCGAGGAGACGGUUGCUACAUCAACUGAAGAGACACCGACUCUUUACACAUCACAACAGACAGUAACACUAUCAAGUACAGGUGAAACAACGGAAGGACCAACAACUGGAAAAUCCACUGCAAUAACCUCCGAAGAAGCAACAACGUUACAUACAACAACACAAACACCAGGUGUGUUAUAUACAACACAAACAACAGGUGUGACGAGUGAGGACACAACGGUGCCUCCUACGACCGAAGACACGUCAGCCGCAUCAACAAACCAGCCCACUACACCCCAGACAGCAACAUACACCUCUGUACAAACCACUGUUCCGCCAUCAACAUUCAUUACAACCGAAGAGGCCACUGCAAAAUCAACCACACAGACAAGUAUGCCUGACACGACACAACAAACAACGGUCACGUCAUCAACCGGUGAAACAUCAACACCUUCAUCAACGUCCACAACUAUUGAGCAAACCUCGGCCACAUCAGCCCAGAAGACAACCACACCUCAAACAACACAGCUUACGUCUGAACAGACCACCACACAGCUAACAACAUUCGUUACAACCGAGGAAGUUACAUCUACAGUGUCAUCGUCCACACCUCAAACACAAACGCAACAAACAGAAAUCCCGUCAACUACGGGUAAAACAACCAAAGAAACAACGCAAUUUUCAACCAACAUUAUCACGAGUGUCACAACUGAGCCUGCUACGUUGGGGACAACUAUAGAAAAAGCAGAAGAGAGCACAGUAAUUUUAAGUACCGGUGUUAGCACUGAAGACUUAAGCACCAUUCAAACAACACGCUAUACUGCCGAUUCAACCGUUGUUACUAAUACUGGUUUGUCCACAGAUAUGGACACUACCACAGAUAUGGUAACAUCACAGACAACUGAAAGAACAUCCAUUGUUCAAAGUACAGAUAUCACCCGUACGGGGAGAACUGCUUCCGUAAGUACUUCGGAAGUUACCACGGCUCCAACGUCCACGCAAGAAACAACGGAUGGAAGCACCGUUGUAACUAUCACAGAAUUCACUUCUGAAGGAACAACUGUUACAGCACCUCCAACAACACCGGGAACGACUGAAGAAACAACUGUUGUAACGAGCACAGACGUCACCUCUGAGAGAACAACAGCCCCUCCAACGACACCAGGGACGACUGAAGAGAGAACCGUUGUAACUUUCACAGAUGUCACAUCUGACGGGACAACAGCACCUCCAACAACACCAGGGACGACUGAAAAAACAACAGUUGUAACUUUCACAGAUGUCACCUCCGACGGAACAACAGCACCUCCAACAACAUCGGGGACGACUGAAGAGAGAACCGUUGUAACUUUCACAGAUGUCACCUCCGACGGAACAACAGCACCUCCAACAACAUCGGGGACGACUGAAGAGAGAACCGUUGUAACUUUCACAGAUGUCAGCUCCGAGGGAACAACAGCACCUCCAACAACACCAGGGACGACUGAAGAGAGAACCGUUGUAACUUUCACAGAUGUCAGCUCCGAGGGAACAACAGCACCUCCAACAACACCCGGGAACGACUGA